CUGUGCCCUGCGCCUCACAGCUAACCUGUGGCUGUGUCUUCAUGGUGAAAGUAUGAGCACAGGUCUGGGAACGUCUGUGCAUAUGCUCUGUGUGUCUGGGAACACGCAGAGAUAAGCAGUGUGUGGGUCUUUGCUAAUCCGUCCCCAGCAGCGGGCACUGGGAGUGGGACUUACCACAGAGUGUGGGGGUGUGCGGCCCUGAGGCGUGUGCACCUGCACCUAGUGGAGGGGUGAGACAACUGUGCCUAGAGAGGAGCCUGGCAGCCACCUGGCCACCGGCAUCUGGGGGUGAAGCGGUCUGCAGCAGACCCUGGCCCCUUAAGGAACUCUCACGAGCUAUAUAGGGUCCACCUGGAGGGGCUUGCGCAGCUUUUAGCAGCCCCAGCAGGAGAUGGAAGAUGCAAGAGGUCAUUGCAGGGCUGGGGCGGUUCACCUUCACCUUCGAGAAGGAUGUAGAGAUGCAAAAGGGCACCGGACUCCUGCCUUUCCAGGGCAUGGACAAGUCGAGCUCAGCCGUAUGCAAUUUCUUCGCUAAAGGGCUCUGUGAGAAAGGGAAGCUCUGCCCGUUCCGGCAUGACCGAGGGGAUAAGAUGGUGGUGUGUAAGCACUGGCUCCGGGGGCUGUGCAAGAAGGGCGACCAGUGCAAGUUCCUGCACCAGUAUGAUGCCACCAGGAUGCCUGAGUGCUACUUCUUCUCCAAGUUUGGUGAUUGCAACAACAAGGAAUGUCCCUUUCUCCACGUGAAGCCAGCUUUCAAGACCCGGGACUGUCCUUGGUACGACCAAGGUUUCUGCAAGGACGGGCCCCUGUGUAAAUACCGCCAUGUCCGCAGGACGCUGUGUAUUAACUACUUAGCUGGCUUCUGCCCCGAGGGACCCAAGUGCCAAUUUGCACAGUAAGUAUGAUCCCACCAAGUGCUAGGCCCACUCUCAGGCUGCUAAAUCUAGAUCCUUCCGUACCUUCACUGGCCCAAGGUGAGAAGUGAAGUGUCUGGCAAGCGUCCGCCCACCAAGUUUUCCUAGCCUUG